AUGUCUGAUCAGAUUCAUCAGCAUGUUGUCGACAAGACCUUGGUCGAAUGGAUUCUCCCUGAUUUUAUAACGUCGUCGGCAAAUGAUACCACAAUCUGCUCCAUUCUCCUCAUGACAACACUGCAGGCAUACUUCUCCUAUGGGGCGAGGAUAACCUGUGGCAUUCCUUCGGUUACUCUCGAAGGAGAGAAGGCUGACUGGGAGAGGCUGUACAAGCGCCUUGACCGUGCGUUUGACGGAAAGCCUGACAUACCUUUCUGGGAGCACGUCGUGAGCCAGAACAACCGGAUCUGUGGUCUGGACCUGCUUUCCGGAUGGAUCACAGCGUUCUGUGUGUGGGAUCAGGACGGGAAAUGGCUAGUCCGCUCUCGGCUGGCCGGCCCUCAGUCUUCGAGAAGCACAGUAAAUCCAGAUGACUACACUCUUGACGGCAUAUCGUACUUUGAACUUGAUAUGAAGCGCAUCCCCCACGGAUAUGGCGAUGUCGAUGUCCUGGUCGACGACAACGGACAGACGUUCGACUGCAAGAUGGUUUCGGGUCACGUUGCGGCGACGAUCACGAAGUCAAGUGACGACGAUGGAGCAUACGACACUCUCAGCCCUGCGCCCCAGUGGUUUCUGUAUGUCAAAGGGGAGAAGCCGCGGAGGGGAUAUGAAGAAGAGAGGGCAGACACAAUGAAAAGGUUAUUUGAACUCAGCAAGUUGCCAUUGGGCCAGUAUCAAGCGGGCUCCGGAGGUGCAUGA